CGGCGCGGGGGGCGCGGGGCUCCGUCCCCGCCCGAGCGCGGCGCCGCUGCCGGAGGAUGAGCUGCGGCCGGCCCAAGGACAUGGAAGCCGCCGCUGCCGCCUCUGCUCACUUCAGCUUCUGCCGCAGCCUCCUGGAGCACACGGUGUCGGCCGAGAACCUCAGCUACCGCCUGCAGCGCGCCGCGGGCAGCAGCCUCACCUGGCACGACGGCCGCAGCCAGCGCCCCGACGGCGGCCGCACCGUCAAACUCCUGCGGCAGCCGGGCACCGACGGCUCGCAGGUCCGUGGCUGUGACCACUAUGGCAUCUACCACACCAGCCCCACGCUGGGCAGCCUGGUCAAGCCAGUGGUGCUGUGGACCCAGCAGGAUGUGUGCAAAUGGCUGAAGAAGCACUGCCCACACAACUAUCUCAUCUACGUCGAGGCGUUCUCCCACCACGCCAUCACAGGCCGGGCGCUGCUGCGGCUGAACGGGGAGAAGCUGCAGCGCAUGGGGAUCGCGCUGGAGGCGCAGCGCCAGGAGGUCCUGCAGCAGGUCCUGCAGCUCCAGGUGCGCGAGGAGGUGCGGAACCUGCAGCUGCUCAGCCAAGGUUCUUUUGGAAAUGUCUCCUAGCUGAUCCGUCUGUUUGGCAGAUUGCACCAACACUGUGAACCGAGCUCCGCUGGGAUGGGCUGUGCAUCGCCGAUAUGAGACCUGAGCCACACACUUGGAAUAAGAAGAGACAGCUUCCCAGACACUCCAGGGCUCCUCUCCUGCUUCUUCCUUCUCUUUCUUUUAAAGGAAUACAUUCCUGUGUGGGGAUGGAAGGUUUCUUCCAGCAGACAUGGCUCUUGGCUGGAGGAAAAUCAGCAAACCAGCUGCUGGGACGGAUGAUGAACUUCCAUCCACCUGAGCCUGAUGGUUCACAGGGAAAGAGAUGGAAAAAAGGAGACAGCAAAAGGCAGGGCUCAGCACUGUGGAGAAAGGGAAUGCAGUGAUUCCAGGGACAGCUCGGAGCCAUGUGCAGGACACUGAAGCAUUAUGCACUUGGGCAACAUCCCAACACCCAGAAACUCGUGUCCAUGCCUCGGAGCUUAUUUAGGGAGCUUUGGUUUCCUCAUCAGACUGGGCUGCCUUCCAGCGUCCUGGGAGGUGACGUUAUCGGUAGCAAAUAAGAUGAUACAACCAGCCAAAAAAUUCAAAGCGGGGCCAAGACCCCAGCACCCAGCUCCACUUGGUGAGUUAAAAAGGGAGCUGAAUCAUCAGAGCUGGAAAAUCUGCAAGUAAAAGCAGGUUGGAUGCACCAGGAGGGUGCCAUGGCCCGGAGGAAGCCGUGCCAAGAGCUCAUCCUUCAUCCGCAGGCAGAGGGGGAGCCCGUGCAGGGGCUGGGGGCAGCAGGCAGGGGUGCUGCUGGGUGGCUGUGGGUUCUGCCCAGGGUGGGGCUGGGAGAACCCUGGGUGCCAGGUCCUCCCCUGCUCCCAUGCCUGGUCCUGCUCUGUUCCAUGAUCCCACCAGCUCAUCCAGGCAUUGGCAGGUUCCUGUCCUGACCUCCUACCCGAGGGUUGGCGAUGGUGCCACAAAAGCCAGACACCUUCCUGAUGACCUUCACCAUCAUUACAGUGAAAGUGUUUGCUGUUAGGUCCCCAUCUCCCAAACUCUCCCAUAUAGAGCUACAAGACUGCCCUUGUGGGCAGAUAAGGAAAAUCCACGUGUAAAUCAGGAUUUUUGGCCAGGGUGGAUGCUGUCACCUCCCCACAUUCCACCUCAAGUGAUGAGGGUAGGGCUGCAGGUCAUCGGGGUCCAAAACCAGCAGCACCCAAACCCCCUGGGGCACUGGGAUGUGGAGGUAGGUCACGGUGCUCCCUGGCUGGGCAUCUCCUACCUGCUUCUCUGCUGGUAAUAAAUUAGAGACUGUUAUUUUAA